CUCGACUGUCCGAGGACACAAUCCUCACAAAUAUGCCACAUCCAUGGCGAGGGUUUAUUGAGAUGACGAUGCAGUCAGGGAAGAUUUUUAAGGUCUGACAGCUGUGCUGACUGCUCAUUGGCCUUGAUCUCAAUCAGCUGACGAUGGCGUCAAUUACCUGUCAAGACAAAACCAUCUCAACGGCCUACCGAUGUGUCAACAUGUCAUGGAGAAAGGUGGCCACCAUCUUUGCAAUUUUUGUUCUCAUGUUUUGGUUCUCGUUUUCUAUUUUUACGGAGCUGAAAUUCCACAACAAGAAAUGGUAUCAGUUUUCUGCACCAUGCAAAACCGACACUGGCGUCAUGAACGACAUGAAAGAGUUGGUGUUCAAAAUCCACGAAACUCUCAACGCUCUGAAUGUUCCGCAUGCAGUUUGUUAUGGAACUCUCUGGGGCACAUUACGAAAUCAGCAGAUCCUGCCAUGGGACAACAACGUGGACUUCUGUGCCAACGCAAUAGACAUUGUGAAACUCGACAGGCGAAAAGUUGCAGAAAUGUUCAGAAGAAGUGGCAUGACAAUGUCUUAUAACUCCAAGCAAGGGAUGUAUGAAAUAAAGUACAAGAGUGCAGAAGGUUAUAUCACGACGUUCCUGUCUAAUAUUAAUGGUGAAAUGUAUCGUACAGGCUGGGUUCAUAACAUCAUGUGGUUGUUUGAGAAAAAAUCCAUUAACUUUCCCUCACAACUUUUGGACGCACCCUUUCCCACAGCAAAGCUAUAUGGGAAAGACGUUCCUGUGCCGCACGAAAACAUCGAAAUCCUUAAAUACCUGUAUCCCAGUGACUGGUGGCUUGAGGUCAAGCCACCUGGAUGUUAGUGGGGAAUAACUUUCGAUUCUUUACAAUACUGUCAUUAGAUGGGUGUCAUUAACGGAGGAUAAAAAUAUAUGGCUGAACAACUUCUUUAUUACAGUGAGAACAAUAUUUCAGUGUAGGUUCUAACACUGUUAUCACAUCGCUCUCAUUGUAAUAAAGAAGCUGUUCACCCUUAUAUUGUUAUCCCCCUUACUACUCCAACUUUAAAUGCCUCUCAAAGAAACACAAUGUCAUUAACUCUUUACGAUUUGAAUUUUUGACAUUGUAUCCAGCAUUCUACUUUGAUAAAUGAACUUCAGAGAUUCUGUCACAGUUGCAACAUUUUGUGAAACUUAUGUUAACCAAGACAAAAGUGUGUUUUUAUGUGAAUUAUUAAGAUUUGAAUGACACAGAUUGUGUUGGAUCACUAUCUCUGAUAUAUUUAUCAGGAUAUAUGCUGGAUUUGGGUUGUAUACUUUGUCAUUGUAUGGGUAUUGUUGUAUUUACUCUGAGGGAUACGGUGCUGGAGCUAGAGACUAUUGGAGAAAACCAUUGUGAUUAGGGCUGUGUACUGGCAAAUAAAUUGUAUUGCAAUAUAUUGCGAUUCAGGCACCCGUAUUGCGAUAUAUUGGGAACUGAAGUGUUUGACAGAAAUGACACUAAUCGUACUUGUCGAUCCUAUUUUCUACAUUUUAAGUCCCUAAACGUGCAUGUUAUGGUUCUGAUAGCUGCAGUUUUAACAUUAGGUUGCAUAGACUUUAUAUUCUUUUUUAUACAAUUUAUUAGAUUACAGUUUGCCGUUUUGCAAUUGAAUAAUGAAGGAAAACAUUUGUUGUGA